GAACAGCCCCAGCCAACAUGUUUUGAUAAUCUUUUAUGGGUUUUUUUUUCUUCUUCUUCUAGAUAAUACACAGUUAUUCUUCUUACCAAUCCAGAUUACUAAGCAAUAAUUCAAUAUUUAUUUGUAGUAUUUGGAAGUUUUGUAAUUUUUGGGGGGUUUUUUUUUAGCCAGAAUCCAUAUUACCAAUGUUGCCAAGAUCGGUCUCGUGGCCUAUUCUAAAUUCUUUUGUUUCAUCCCCAGAUGACAGCUUGGAGUGGAAAGGGGCUUGCUUCUACAAGAACAGGGAUUGGAUGGAGUUCCACAACAAAAGCCGCAUUGAAUUUGGUGGAGGCACUCUUCAUGUCAAGCCAGAAUCCAGAUUACCAGUGUUGCCAAGAUCGGUCUCGUGGCCUAUUCUGAAUUCUCUUGUUUCAUCCCCAGAUGACAGCUUGGAGUGGAAAGGGGCUUGCUUCUACAAGAACCGGGCUUGGAUGGAGUUCCACAACAAAAGCCGCAUUGAAUUUGGUGGAGGCACUCUUCAUGUCAAGCCAGAAUCCAGAUUACCAGUGUUGCCAAGAUCGGUCUCGUGGCCUAUUCUGAAUUCUCUUGUUUCAUCCCCAGAUGACAGCUUGGAGUGGAAAGGGGCUUGCUUCUACAAGAACCGGGCUUGGAUGGAGUUCCACAACAAAAGCCGCAUUGAAUUUGGUGGAGGCACUCUUCAUGUCAAGGGACAAGAUAUUUUGCCAUGGAAUGAAUGGUUGUUCACUAAAGAUGAUAGCAGUGCACAUAUUGCUUUGCUUCCUUCGCAUCCUGAUCUCCAGGCCAAAUUUAACGAGACUGCUGCUUGGGAAUAUGCACUAAGCAUGUCCAGCCAGCCUUUUGGUUUUCAUAACCUGAUAUUUAGCUGGAUAGACACUAUUGAUGGGAACCAUCCACCACUCUUGGAUUCUUAUGUGAUGGCUUUUGGCGUGGAUAUGUGGAUAUUCUAUUUUUGUGUACAGAGGACAAUUUAUACUUUUGUAUAAUUAGCCUAUUUUGUCGUCCUCUGCUUUUGUGUGGAUUAGUGUUAAUCGUACAGAUCAUUUUUGGCUUGGUAUAUAAUUCUUUUGGUGUACUAUAUAUAGAUUACCGUUUGUUGUGGUACAGAUUAUCAUAGUAAUUUGUACCACGCCAAAUGGCUAUUUGGCAUGGUAGUGAAUAUAUUUUUUGUGUACGGAAAACGUGGUUUUCGUAUGAUUCUUUGUUUUGUAUAGAAUUAUUAUUGUAGGUUGGAAUAUACUUGGUUUAUAUGGAAUUUGACAUUAAAAGUUAUUCAUUUUUGGA